UGUGUGAGGUCACGCACGAAACGCGGGAAGGUAUUGGAGACCCACACUUACUUGGCAAUAUCGACAUAUAUAGGAUAACAAAUAUUUGACGGAGCCACAAAUCUUAUUUUUUAUUUAUUAUAUAGUUUGCGAACAAGCGUCCUGUUUUCGUGCACCUUCGGUGUUGCGUUCACACGAAGCGUUUGGAAGUGAAAAAACAUGCCUAAUAUCAAGAUUUUCAGCGGUAGCUCCCACCAGGAUCUGUCUCAAAAGAUAGCAGACCGUCUCGGAUUGGAACUUGGGAAAGUGGUGACCAAAAAGUUUAGUAACCAAGAGACGAGUGUGGAGAUUGGGGAGAGUGUGCGUGGGGAGGAUGUGUACAUAGUCCAGAGCGGCUGUGGCGAAAUAAAUGAUAAUCUUAUGGAACUCCUGAUUAUGAUAAAUGCUUGCAAGAUUGCAUCUGCCUCCCGGGUCACAGCCGUCAUCCCCUGCUUCCCUUAUGCCCGACAAGACAAGAAGGAUAAGAGUCGAGCACCCAUUUCUGCCAAGCUGGUGGCGAAUAUGCUGUCUGUCUCUGGUGCUGACCAUAUCAUAACCAUGGAUCUACAUGCAUCCCAGAUACAGGGUUUUUUUGACAUUCCUGUGGACAAUUUAUAUGCAGAGCCUGCUGUGUUGCAGUGGAUAAAGGAGAAUAUUCCAGAAUGGAAGAACUGCACCAUAGUCUCGCCUGAUGCUGGAGGAGCCAAAAGGGUGACCUCCAUUGCAGACAGACUAAAUGUUGACUUUGCCCUUAUUCACAAAGAGAGGAAGAAAGCUAAUGAGGUGGACCGCAUGGUUCUGGUUGGAGAUGUGAAAGAACGGGUGGCUAUAUUGGUUGAUGACAUGGCAGACACCUGCGGUACCGUCUGCCAUGCAGUUGAUAAGUUAAUAUCAGCUGGUGCAACGAAAGUUUAUGCCAUCCUCACUCAUGGCAUCUUCUCUGGACCGGCCAUUUCACGCAUCAACAACGCUUGUUUUGAGGCUGUAGUCGUGACCAACACCAUUCCUCAGGAGGAGAAGAUAAAACACUGUCCAAAAAUUCAGGUUAUUGACAUUUCGAUGAUCCUCGCGGAAGCUAUUCGCAGGACCCACAAUGGCGAGUCCGUGUCUUAUCUCUUCAGUCAUGUUCCUUUGUAACAUCUCCAGCACCUGUCCUUUCACAGCGACCAAAGAGGGAGCCCAUCCUCACCUGCGUUCACCUCACCCAAAGAUCAUCAGCCCUGACUGAAUGUCUUUCCAUAGUUGGGGAUUUUAGCAAGUCUGUUUUUCUUCAAAUUGUUGUUACAAUCUGUGACUGAAAGAGUUAGAGGUUAAAUUAAUCAGGGCAAGGAUAUGUCACAUCCUAAUUUGUUUAUUUGCCUUCAUCAUUAAAAACAAAUAAGUGGUCUACAGAUGACAUGGACAAGAAUUAUUUAUUUCUAACAUUUUGUUCACUAGAUACAAAGGAUUUAAGUUUGGACUCUCUGAAGACUGGAGUUUAAGAGUCUUAAAGAAUCAACUGUUGCAUUUUCUCAUUUUCAUUUUUAAAGAUGUUUUUAAGAAUUCGUUCUAUGAAUAAAAAUAACUUUUGUGGUUACAUUGUUACAUCCUGAAAGUGUGUGCACUCUGAUUUCUAUUUUAUGUAUGUGUUGAUUUCUUUGAAGUCUUUUAGAAUGCUAAAUGUGUUCUUGUAGCAAGGAGGCAUUGUUUUAGUUCAGUUUACUUAUUUUGAAAGCAUACUCCUAUUACAAAAUAAUUUAUUUAAAAUUAUGUGCAACAUUUGAAUUGUUGUGUAUUAAGUUUAUAUUGUGAAACAGAAUUAUUUUAAUACAGAUUACAUGAAGCAGUAGCGGAUUUAGGAAUGGGCGACAUGCAUCUUGCGGGGGGGCGGCACGACCCACCCACACAGUCUCUCUCAAAUCCUCUAUCUAUAUCUAUCUAUCAGUCAGUGUGUCUGUCUGUCUAUCUGUCUAUCUAUCAGUCUAUCAGUCAGUGUGUCUAUCUGUCUAUCUAUUUCUCAAAUCCUCAAUCAAUCAGUCAGUGUGUCUAUCUAUCUGUUUGUCUAUUUCUCUCAAAUCCUCUAUCAGUCUGUCUGUCUAUCAGUCUGUCUAUCUCUCUCAAAUCCUCUAUCUGUCUAUCUAUGUCUAUUUCUCUCUCAAAUCAUCUAUCAAUCAAUCAGUCAGUGUGUCUAUCUAUCUGUCUGUCUAUCUAUCUGUCUAUCUCUCUCAAAUCCUCUAUCUCUCUGUCAGUCAAUCAGUCUGUCUAUCUAUCUAUCUGUCUGUCAAUCAUUCUGUCUAUCACUGUCUGUCUGUCUAUCUAUCUAUCUAUGUUAAAAACUGUGCUUAUUUUGUGUAAAAGUUACUUUGAAUUGUUUGAUAAUGAUGGCUAUAUUACAUAAUGGUCUUUUUGUUGAAAACAAAGUGUGUUAUUUACUUUUUUACUUAAGUUAUCAUCCCUAAAUCCUAAAU